CCUCUUUUCAUUGCGUCAACAUUUAUUGGACACCAGCUGCAUUCCAGACGCUGUUCUGGGCUCUGGGGACACAAUGUGGAAGAAAACACAAGUCCUCGCGCUGCCAUUCCAGCUUUGGCAUGUACGGAUCUUCAUUCCUACUGCAGUCGAAGACACUCAGAGAUGGAGAGAACCUUGCAAGUGUCACCUGGAUCGCUGCCAUCAACAGUUGCUGCAGAGCCCAGCUCCGAAGUUCCCCUGCCAGCCAGAGAGCCCGCAGGUGGAGUCUUGCCGGCCUGUUUCCCGGCUGGCUCGGUGGGCCGGCCGCCCCCGCGGCCCCUCCCGGCGCCCGGCCUCCCCUUCCCGGCCGGCCCCGCCCCCGCCGCCACGUGACGCGUGGGGGUUUUCCCGUGCUCCCGACGUGACGUCACGUCAGGGCACGAGCCAAUGGGCGCGUAGGCCGGCGGCGCCGGGGAAUUCCGCCGCCCCGCCCCCGCCCGCCGCCCGCCCGGCCCGGCCCCGCGCCCCCCGCAGCCCCGGGCGCCCUGAGUCCAGCCCGGCCUGCGGCCUCAGCCUCCGCGCCGCUCCCCGACCCGCGAUCGUCCGCGGACCGCACCGCUGCCCGCCCGGACGCCCGCGUUCGUGUGCUGCCCGCGGCGCCGGCCACCGGCCGCCCGUGCCCGCCGCUCGGGCCAUGCCGAGCCGCCGCGUCGCCAGACCGUCCGCCGCGCCCGAGCUGGGGGCCUUGGGCUCUGCGGACCUCUCCUCCCUCUCGGUUUCCAGAACCACAGAUGAACUGGAGAUCAUCGACGAGUACAUCAAGGAGAACGGCUUCGGCCUGGAGGGCGCGCCCGGGCCGGGCGAGGGGCUGCCGCGCCUGGUGUCCCGCGGGGUGGCCGCCCUGAGCACCGUGACGCUGGGCCCCGCCGCGCCCCCCGCCUGGGGCUGCGCGCUCGGCCGCCUGCUGCCCCCCGCGCCCGGGCCCGGGCCGCGGCCGCACCUGGUCAUCACCGAGCAGCCCAAGCAGCGCGGGAUGCGCUUCCGCUACGAGUGCGAGGGCCGCUCGGCCGGCAGCAUCCUGGGCGAGAGCAGCACCGAGGCCAGCAAGACGCUGCCCGCCAUCGAGCUGCGGGACUGCGGCGGGCUGCGCGAGGUGGAGGUGACCGCGUGCCUGGUGUGGAAGGACUGGCCGCACCGCGUGCACCCGCACAGCCUGGUGGGCAAGGACUGCACGGACGGCGUCUGCAGAGUGCGGCUGCGGCCCCACGUCAGCGCCCGGCACAGCUUUAACAACCUGGGCAUCCAGUGUGUGAGGAAGAAGGAGAUCGAGGCUGCCAUUGAACGCAAGAUCCAGCUGGGCAUCGACCCCUACAAUGCCGGCUCCCUGAAGAACCACCAGGAGGUGGACAUGAACGUGGUGAGAAUCUGCUUCCAGGCCUCCUACCGGGACCCGCAGGGUCAGAUGCGCCGCAUGGAGCCUGUGCUCUCGGAGCCCGUCUAUGACAAGAAGUCCACAAACACGUCAGAGCUCCGGAUCUGCCGCAUCAACAAGGAGAGUGGGCCUUGCACAGGUGGCGAGGAGCUCUACCUGCUAUGUGACAAGGUGCAGAAAGAGGACAUCUCCGUGGUGUUCAGCAGGGCCUCCUGGGAAGGCCGCGCAGACUUCUCCCAGGCUGAUGUGCACCGCCAGAUCGCCAUCGUCUUCAAGACGCCGCCCUACGAGGACCUGGAGAUCAUGGAGCCCGUGACUGUGAACGUGUACCUGCAGCGGCUGACAGAUGGUGUCUGCAGCGAGCCCCUGCCCUUCACCUACCUGCCCCGGGAUCACGACAGCUACGGUGUGGACAAGAAGCGGAAGCUGGGGUUGCCUGAUGUGCUUGGGGAGCUGAACAGCUCUGACCCUCAUGGUAUCCAGAGCAAGCGGCGGAGGAAAAAGCCCGGCUUCCUGGACCACUUCCUGCCCAACCACAGCUCAGGCCCCUUCCUCCAGCCCUCCACCCUGCUGCAGGACCCAGACUUCUUCCCCGGUCCGGUGUCCCUCCCAGGCCUGGAGCCCCCAGGCGGGCCGGAGCUCCUGGAUGACGGCUUCCCCUACGACCCCGCGGCCCCCUCGCUCUUCAACAUGUUGGACAUGCUCUCCCCGGCCCCGCCUCUGGCCAGCGCUGUGCUCAGCAAUGGGGUGGCUGGGCCAGCAUUGGGGGAACCCCCAGGCCCCGAGCCGCUGGCACCACUGGCGCUGGACUCGUACCCUGGCCCCGGAGAUGGGGGCACGGCCAGCCUCGUGGGCAGUAACAUGUUCCCUAACCAGUACCGAGACACCGGCUUUGGAGGGGGGCUCCUGUCCCCGGGGCCCGAGGCCACGUAGCCCCCUCCCAGAAGAGGCGCUGGGGGGGGUUGGGGUGCAAGGGCCUCAGUGCCCUUGGCCCACCCCCCCUCUGUUGGUGAGCCACCGACAUCCUGGACUUUCUGCAAAUGGACACCUUCAGCACCUGGGAGAAGUAGGUCUGGAGCCUAGGAGUCCAUGAGGGCCCAUUUCAUAAAGAAGCAGACUGAAAGGGGUGAGGGCCCGGGCUCCCUGGCCUCAGCUUGUCCCCAUGGCCUCAGCCCGGAGCCCUCCAGGAUUGUGGAUCCUGGAGGAUACAGAAGGGAGGAGGGGUGCACAUUCCCACCCUCCUUCCCCAAGGCUGAAGGUGGGGAAUUUGUUUGUUCAGAGUCUUCCCAAUAAAGAUGAAUUUUUGAGCCAUGA